AUGGCCAUCUUGAGCCAGUCGCAGCAUAGCCGAGCUUCACCACAUAGUAGCCCUAUUUUGUCGGGGGCUGUGAUCGGGAAAGCUCCGAGCGGUCGGCCGAUCUGCGGGUCUGAAGCAGGUCUGGACGUCGCGAGCCUGGAGUCUGGAAUCAACUUCAUGAAUUGCCCCUCGACGAUGCGAGGGCGGCGCUCGCCAACUCGCGCGGGGCCAAGCUCGUUCCCCGAUUGCCAUGGUGCUCGCACCCAAUUCCUGACGAGCGACAAGGCGCCAUCGAUCACGAGAGGCGUCCGCGAUGCCCUCUUGACGAUCGAGUGCAACAUCAAACUGGCGCCUAGCGGUUGUACUGUCCAGGGUCAGCAGUGUUCGUGGGUGUUUAGGCUUGUUACAUACGACGACGCAAUCUUCGCACCGCGCGCCAUGGACAUUGACCCAGCCAGGGCAGUCAACGCCAUGCUUGUAUCUGUUGACGCAGGGCCACUGUCCGAUACCGAAAAGGCUGCCUGCACCGGCGGCAACAGAUGGCAAGUUGACGGCAGGUCCGCGAUUGGCUCAUUCCACGGGCGCAAGAGUACCCAUGGCGGUAGGCGAAUGCGAAGUUGGCAGGAUGUUGCGCUAGAUGUCGCUGCGCAAGACAUGAAGUCGAGAGAUGCUGCCUUGAUUGGCAGGCCUCGCGGCUCCACCCACAUACUCAAUGCGGGCCGUGCUGGGGACGCUAAAACGUUAGAUGAGCACCCCACGUACUUCACCCAGCCAGAUCUGGAUGCCCCACACAAGCUACGUGUCACCCUGCAAAGAGGCCCGAGCGCCAUCGCAUGUCACUCGCUCCGGCUGGCAGAGACCGCGCCUAACCUAGUGCGCAGGGCUUGCCCCGAUUCGGGCUCGGCCCAGAAUGCCCAAAGCCGGGCUCCGGUGAUUAGGCGUAAGCCGCUCGUCUUCUACCCUCGGAGCCGCAGAACGUCAUCGGGAGAUGCCACCAGCCCGCUGCACGCCUUCGUUCUGUCACCGAGCCAUACGAAGAAAGGUUUCGAAGACGUUGAUGUCAUCACCAUGAGGCGACUCCUGAUCUACGCUGGCCUGUGA